AUGGAGAAGCUCAACACUGAAGAUGGACAGCUCUUCAUCAAGAACCUCGCCAGCUUCGUUCGAACCCAUGAAAGGGCUCUCGCUAAUGCUCUGCAAUUAAAGCGUCGCCCUACUAAAAAUGGACAAUCCCUUACUCAAACCGGCUCGUCGAGCUCGGCGGGUUCCUUCUCAACCUCAUCCACCUUGGCCGCUGCCCUAUCCUUUGGGGCAUUGAAGUUCUCCUCUCAAAACAUCAAACCCGCCAAACUUACCCUCACCCCUCACCACCUCUACUACCUCCUUUCCCGCUUCGAGGAUCUUUCCAUUGCCGUCGGUCCUAUGACCGUUCGGCUGGAAAACAUCCAUACCGAUGUCUCCCAGUCCUACGUCUCCUUCCUGAACAAGCCACAGCGACCCAGAGGCGAUAGAGAUUCUAUUCACUCUGUCUCAAGUGUCCGUAGUGUCAUGUCUGGUAUGAGUGGCCUCUGGUCUUCGUUUGGUCUAGGCUCCAAGGACUCGGCCACCAAAUCGGAGAAAGCCAAGGCUGCCCUAGAAGCGGAUCUCAAGUACCUAUAUUCUGCCUUUACCAAGAUACCCUGUUUGCGUCUAGCCCCCGACCACCGUGCCCGUUUGAUUUCGGGUUACGAGGAGUUCCCCUUUGAAACGGCUGUGCCGCUUCAUGCCUUCAAAAACUUGAGUGCGUUAGAAAUCAUUGAUAUAGACUUUCGCUCGUUCUUCGGCUGGGACCGACUUUCCGAGCAGCUACGGACCUUGACCCUCAAGAGGGCCAAAAUCGAUGAUCCCGCCGACUUGCUGUCGGGCGUCGUAUUAGACGACGUUGACAAGCGCCGCCGGCGGUCGUCCAAGGCCCAAAUCUCACCCGUGUUUGGCUGGAGUUCAAACCCCCAGCCAGUCCACAAGUCUGAAAUACCCAGCUCCCUUUCUGCUCCUGGGUCACCCACUGCCAACGAUUCUGCCUUUGGGACAAGCACCAGCCCGCAGGCAGCCUCCAUGAUCCGAGUCGGGUCCGAGGGUGCCAAGGGUCGUACAAGGACUGGAAGCAUUUCCCCAUCACGCCCGACCAGCUCGAAGCAGUCUUAUCGUUACAGUCGUGGGCACACAUCCCGGAUCAGACGUACUGGAUCGGGUAGCUCGAACUCUAGUGAAACCUCCAGCCGUUGUCAUGGUAGCUCUACCAACCUAGCUUCAGGAUUCCUGCCACCGUCCAAAUGGCGUUUCCUGCGGCACCUGGGUCUCCCUGAUAACUCCCUCACCACUGUCACCGCUGCCAGUCUUGCCCCGGUGGCUAACACUCUGCACUCACUCGAUCUAUCCUCAAAUCUCUUUACCGAAGUUCCAGACAGCCUCGCAUCCCUGGUGGCUUUGAGGGCUCUGAACCUCUCGAACUGCAUGAUUGAAUCGCUGCACUCAGUGUCCCGAAACCCUCUACCAGCCAUCACCGCCCUCAACCUCCGUGGAAACCGCCUCCGUUCACUCGCAGGCAUCGAAAGACUGUUGUCUUUGGAGCGGUUGGAUCUCAGAGACAACAACCUCUCCGACCCAACCGAGAUUGCCAGACUCACCAGCCUCCCUGAGAUACGGGAGAUCUGGGUUUCUGGCAAUCCUUUUGUGAAGACGCACUCUGGAUAUCGCAUUGUGAUCUUCAAUCUCUUCCGCCGUACCCCUGGUUACUCCGAAGACAUUAUCAUCGACGGGUCAGGCCCUGGUUAUACGGAGAGAAAGUACUUGGUGGACCGAGUGGCCGAACCAGAGGGAACACCUGUUGUACGAUCUGUUAUCGCGGAUAAGUCAGCAGUCGUGAGCAAGCCCUUGUCGCCAACUCCAGUGGUCACCCGGAUUGGUCAGGAGGAGGCAGGACCUUUACGCCAUGUCCAGAACAGUGAAUACGAUGUUGGAUCUAGUCGUCGGAAGAAGGGCAAUCGGCGAAGAAUCGUCGACCAAUCCCUGGAGAAACCUGCGGGUAAUGAUUCAGGUACAGUUGUGCCUUCUGUUCUUUCCAUUCAGCACAUUCAAUUACCCGUUGAUCCGUUUAUCUCGGCCCCUUCCGACCGUCAAUGGAAACCUGAUGGUAGACCUCAGGCUUUGUCUCCUACCGAUACACAAACACCUGAAAAACUUCCCAGCCCGCCUGCACCGCAGGUCAGGGACACUUCUACAUUGAAGCCUACAUUCAAGGAAGUGAAGUGGAAUGUAGACGAUGACUUAUACCGGCAAAAGCUGGAGGCUCUCAGACAGGAGGUCGGUAACAGCUGGCUCACUGUGCUGGGAGACCGUGUCUACAGCGCGCAGAAAGAUGUCAACGUCGUCCGUACAGGGACCAAUUUCAAUGAAUCGGCAACGAUGCAGCCCGAUCCUCUUACUCGAGCAGGUGGUCAAGCCAUUCUCAGUGGGGAGCUCUAA